AUGGCGGUCAAGAAUGUCAACGUUUUCGUCAGCACUUUUGCAGGAUUGGGCCUGCCGUCCACUCUGGUUCUUCCUGUUCCCUCGACAACGACUCUAUCCGACUUGCGAUGCCAACUUGACGAACGUCUGCCUGCGACGGACAGCCGACUGAUUCUGACGACGGUAUCCAACAAGGAGCUUCCCGCAUCGUCCACAAAACCAGUUUCGGAUCUCCUGUCGUCCAUAAACGAUGACUUUGUUUCUCUGCGACUGUCGGUGCCGCUUUGCGGUGGUAAGGGUGGUUUCGGAUCCCAACUCCGAGCUGCUGGUGGCCGCAUGUCCUCCAAGAAGAAGCGCAACCAAGGAGACGCAAACAACUCUAGCAGAAACCUCGACGGUAGACGUCUGCGCACCGUUACUGAGGCCAAGGCCCUGGCCGAGUACCUAGCUAUCAAGCCUGAGAUGGAGAAGAGGGAGAAGGAGAAGCGCCGCGAGCGCUGGGAGCAGAUUGUCGAGCUUGCAGAGAAGCGUGAGGAUGAGAUCAAGAACGGCAGCAAGGGCCGUCUUGAUGGCAAGUGGGUCGAGGACAAAGAAGAAUCCAACGAGAGAACUCGUGAAGCCGUACUUGCCGCUAUCAAGACUGGAAAGUACAAGGACAACUUGCUCGGCACCUCUCAUGCAUCGACUGGCUCAGAAGAGACAGAUGACGCCAUGUCGAGUGAUGAUGAGAACGAGGAGGGGGGUAGUUCCAAGGAGUCUACCCCUCCGUCAGAACCGGCCAAGGUAUCCAAGGAUAAGCCGAGAACAUUUUUCGGGUUCGACGAGGACGACGAGUUCAUGAGCUCUGAUGAUGACGAGGUCGACGUGAAGAAGAAGUGA